GCGGGGGAGCUGUAUAUUCUUGUAUAUUUUGUUUCAUUUCAGUACUCCUUCGGUGUUUGUAAGUGGGGUUUGGAUCAAUAUUUUGCAGCUCUGCAUUUUCCCACUGUAGGAAGAUACAUAGCCUGUGAUGGAUAUCAACGAGGAAGCCAGCUUGGCGCACAAGCGCACUUUCAUGGACUUCUUGGACCAAGAUGUGGGUCAAGGCGUGUACAUGGAUAAGAUUAGAGGCAUGAUCACUCAGGGUCGCCAUCGUCUGCUCAUAGACAUGGCUGAUCUGAGGAAUUUCAGCCAUGAUUUAGCUCGCAGGGUGAUAAGGAGCCCCAGUGAAUACAUUCAGCCCUUGUCUGAUGCGCUGGGGGAGGUGACAAGGAAUGUGGAUCCCAAGUACCUGCAGGAAGGCCAACAAGUUCAAGUUGGCUUUGAAGGCCAUUUUGGCUUUCACAAGCUUACUCCCCGGGAGCUCCUUUCUCCAUUUCUUGGCACCAUGGUUAGCGUCGAGGGUAUCGUCACUAAAUGUUCUUUAGUAAGGCCGAAGGUUGUUAAAAGUGUCCACUAUUGCCCUACCACUGGAGAAUUUCAAGCUCGUGAAUAUCGAGAUAUAACAUCGACAACUGGCCUACCGACAGGGUCUGUUUAUCCUACACGAGAUGACCAAGGGAAUCUCUUAAUAACCGAGUUUGGCCUGUGCAAGUAUAGAGACCAUCAGACAAUAUCCAUGCAGGAAGUUCCUGAGAAUUCUGCUCCUGGUCAGCUACCUCGAUCAGUAGAUAUCAUUGUAGAGGAUGAUCUUGUUGACACUUGCAAGCCUGGAGAUCGUGUUGCAGUGGUGGGAAUUUACAAGGCAAUUCCUGGCAAAAGUAAAGGCAGUGUUAAUGGCGUCUUCAGGACUGUUAUUGUUGCCAAUAAUGUGUCUCAGCUCAAUAAAGAGAUAAAUACCCCCGUUUUUACAAGUGAUGACAUCAAAAACAUCAAGAAGAUAGGAAACAGGCAGGAUACAUUUAGUCUACUGGCGGAAUCGCUUGCACCGUCAAUCUAUGGACAUACUUGGAUAAAGAAAGCUGUUGUCUUGCAGCUACUAGGUGGAGUGGAGAAGAAUCUAAAGAAUGGGACUCAUUUAAGAGGGGACAUAAACAUGAUGAUGGUUGGUGACCCUUCUGUUGCCAAGUCCCAACUGUUGAGAGCCAUCAUGAAUAUUGCUCCUCUUGCAAUAUCAACUACAGGUCGAGGGUCUUCUGGUGUUGGUUUGACAGCUGCUGUCACUUCUGAUCAAGAGACAGGUGAACGAAGGCUGGAAGCUGGAGCAAUGGUUUUAGCAGACCGUGGUGUUGUUUGCAUUGAUGAAUUUGACAAGAUGAGUGAUCAGGAUCGUGUGUCUAUACAUGAGGUUAUGGAGCAACAGACAGUAACAAUUGCUAAAGCAGGAAUUCAUGCAUCUCUCAAUGCACGUUGUAGUGUGGUUGCUGCUGCAAAUCCUAUCUAUGGAACUUAUGAUCGCUCACUUACUCCAACCAAGAAUAUUGGUCUUCCGGAUUCUUUACUCUCUCGUUUUGAUCUGCUCUUUAUUGUGCUAGAUCAAAUGGAUGCUGAUAUUGAUCGCAGGAUUUCUGAGCAUGUUUUACGUAUGCAUCGUUAUAGGUCUUCAGCAGAAGAUAGCGGAAUGGUGAUCGCUGACGGAAAUUCAAGAAACAUGGAAGAAGAUGAAGUAGAGACUUCCGCAUCUAUUUUUGUGAAAUAUAAUCGUCUGCUACAUGGCGAGAAAAGGACCAGGCAUUUCAAAAACGAAAUGCUCACUGUAAAAUUCUUGAAGAAAUACAUACAUUAUGCUAAGAGUAGGCAUCAACCUGUGCUGACAGAUGAGGCAUCAGAACAUAUUGCAACUACAUAUGCUGAACUGCGUAAUGCGGGUGCAGAAGCUAAGUCUGGAGGAGGCACAUUGCCAGUUACUGCUCGUACACUGGAGACUAUAAUUCGGCUUUCAACUGCUCAUGCAAAGAUGAAAUUGAGAAAUCAGGUACUAAAAUCGGAUGUAGAGUCUGCACUCAAAGUCCUCAAUUUUGCAAUAUACCAUACAGAGCUGACAGAAAUGGAGCAGAGGGAGCAAGGAAGAGAGCGAGAAGUCGAGAGGAAACGUCGUGCUGAUGGUGAUUCUGGCAAUGGGAGGCACGAUGAUAACAACGAUGAUAAUGAUGAUGGUGAUCAUCCAGAUGGGUCAGGAAACAGAGGAAGAUCAAGAAGACAAAAGAGGGGUAGUGGAGAUGAAAGGAAUGGUGGAAUCCAAACACAAUCAACCAUCCCAGACAGAGAAACAGCAGAAGAAAUGGAUAUUGACUCAACGAAUGCGGAAUCUUCGAUGGACAUUUCAUCUGAAAGGGAAGCAAGAUUCAAUAAUACAUUUAGUCAAUAUAUGAUGGUAAAUCACAAGGAAAACAUAAGUAUGGAUGAGGUAGCAAGGGUGAUUAACAGAGGGAAUACUCAUGAUCCCUUUACUCCAGCAGAGAUAAGUUGCCUGCUGCAGAGACUACAAAAUGCUAACAGAUUGAUGGUGGCGGAUCAAAGUGUGCACCUUGUUUGAAUGAAAGCAGAUAUUAAGCCAAUUUAGCCCGUAGUUGAAUUUUAUAAUAGGAUGCCUCUAUGAUGUUAAAGUCUGAAUAUUUGUGAUUCAAGUUGGAGUUGGUUUCUGUUAAAACCAUUGGUAUCUCUUACUGAAGAGAACCCUUUUGUGAGGCUUUGGUUUAUCCCCAUUCUCUUCAGGAAAGGCUUCAUUAUUCUUUAAUAUCGAAACAGAAAUUUAAGCGGACAACUCGCAAUCAGUAUGCUAAUGUAUUUGGAAUUGGUUCUUUUGUAAAUUUAUAAUCAUCUUAAGAAUUGUUUUGGGUGAAAAAUAUAAAAAACUGUGUUUUAUGGCUUUCAA